GAGAUUUCUCGUCCGUUUUCGUUCCGAAAAAAGCAUUGCUCGACAACCCCACCAACGCAUCGCAGCCACCACUACUCCACUCACCCUAUCAUAUAUCACGUCCUACCGAAGCGAAGGGAGAUGGAAAGCACCGCGCAGUUGAGUGUCUCCACGUCCGAUGUGUCGCAAGAUGGCCCUCGAGAUGGGAAGCGUUUGACGGCAAGGUCGUCUUCACUAUCGAGCAAUAGCCCUAUCAUUCUGCAUGUGCUAUGUGUCGCCUUUCACCACAGGAACGGGCCACAGGUCGAGUAUGCGUACCCAUCGUUUCCGCCAUUGAAGGAGAAGCCACGCAAAACAUCAUCAAGGGAGGAUGACUUAGCGAUAGAACUGCCAGACGAGUGGUCCUUUUUGCCAUUCUUAUGCCUACCUGAUGGCGCUCAUGCUACCGAUGAGGAGUUCAUCUAUUUCCAUUUACCACCCGUGCCAGAGUGGCACAACUACCCGCAAUCGACCCUAUUCGGCCUGGCGUGUUAUCGGCAAAUCGCUGCAACGGAGCUGAUAAACAAAACUUCGGAUGUCACACGAAGCACAGUUCAGAAAGCCGUUGUUGUGAUAGCUACACAACCAGUGUUAGGUUCGGUUCGGACGAAGCUUGGAUUGGUUACCCAGGCAUUCUUUGCGCAGAAGGACUUCUCCAAGCUGGAGAUUCUGGAAACACUGUACCAGAACCUCGUGUCAUCGGUCACUGGGUUUAUUCCCGACUCUGUGUUUUACAUGGGGAUAUCGCUGCGGGAGCUGAUAUUCAAGUUUCGGCAAAAAACGCUGGUAUUAUUCAAGUUGUUAUUCUUAGAAAAGAGGAUUUUGUUUUUUGGUCAAAAAGUGGAACGCCUUUCCGCAUAUCAAUAUAGCCUGAUAUCCCUGAUACCAGAUUUGCUCAGAAAUCUGCAGGAUGCGGGUUCACCCAAGCUGGGGAAUUCACCACCAGCAUCCAUGCCCGAGCCAGACGUCACAGCGAGUCGCGAGAGUUUGAAUGGAAGCCGGAGACUGAGGCAAAUAGGGGCUCCACUGCCGAUGUUUGGAGAGUGCGCCUUCUUUCAGCCAUAUAUACCCCUCCAGCAAAUGGACGUCCUAAUGUCGCAGGACACGAAGGCGUUCAUUGUUGGGACGAGCAACUCCAUAUUCCUGCAUCACAAAACGUUAGCUGUCGACGUGAUCGCAAAUGUGGACACAGGGGCAGUGGAAAUCCUGAACCCAGCACUGAAUUCGAUACUGAACCUGACAAGUCCAGAUAAAAAAUUCAUAGACGACAUUACAAGAGUAGUCCUUGCAACUUAUUCGCAAGAAGAUGACAUGUCCAUGAGCCAACAACUGGAGUUCGAGGGAAGUGAUGACGACAUUCGAUCGCGGUUUGAGAUGUACAUACUAUCGAUGCUGGCGUCGGUGCGGAUAUCUCAGACAGCGUCGAUAUCUGUGGAUCCGAACGUCCGCGGCAAAGAUUUCCUAGCGGAUUACAAUCCAGCAUGGAUCAAAGGGUGGCAGUCUACAAUACAUUACAGCAAAUGGCUGGCUGCUAAUGGUGGAGAUCUCCCAGAUACAAGCGACAUCAAUCCAGCGCAUCCAUGCCAAGGAACGUCCGCGUUCGGAAUCCUGCAAACAUCUCUCGCGGCCCGCUUCUCGGACUUUGGACGGAGUCUGUCCCCAGUGCAGCACAACGUGUCCAAAGCGGUCGAGUCGUCGAUAAGCAGAGCAGAGACGCAAAUUAGCAAAGCUGUGGAGAUCGCUACUGAUCCGGUUCAGCAGCAGAAACUGCAAGCUGGAGCAUCACAGAUCUUCAACAACGUCACCGGCUACAUUGCGCAAAAGCGUAAAGACUGGGCAACAGGAAGUCCUUCGGGCUCGUCAGGUAGAGUCACGCCGGAAGAGGGCGGGGAACAGAACUGGGAGGAAGUCGACAUUAACGAAGGACCUUCAAACUCGAACUCUCAACCCGCAUUUUUCGGUUUGAACACCGCCGGAGGAUGGACCAGUUUCCUUUAUUACAAGGAAAAUUUUGGAAGAAGCGGCACGUAA